AUGGCUUUAUCUCUUCUUCUUCACUUGCUUGGCCUUUUCCUUGUAGUUGAACGACUUUCUAUAGCAGCUCAAACUGCAAAUAUUAGCUUGGGGUCGUCUCUUACUGCAUCCCAGGGCUCAUUUGCAUGGCAAUCGCCUUUUGGGACAUUUGCCUUCGGAUUUCGCCGCAUUGUUGACCAAGAUCUCUUCUUGCUUGCCAUAUGGUAUGAUAAAAUACCAGAUAAAACCAUAGUUUGGUAUGCAAAUGGAGACAAUCCAGCACCAAAAGGAUCCAAACUUGAGCUUACCGCUGAUGGCCAACUCACACUCACUGGCCAUCGAAGCCAAGAAAUAUGGAAGCCUCAAUCUGUUCUUAGUGGAAGGGUUGCCUAUGCUGCCAUGCUCGACACCGGUAAUUUUGUGCUUGCAAACAACAAUGGUGACUACUUAUGGCAGAGCUUCAAAGAACUCAAAGACACCGUUUUGCCAACCCAAGUGCUGGAAAUUGGCGAAAAGCUGAAUUCUAGACAAACAGCAAACAACUUCUCACAGGGGAGCUUUCAACUCCAACUUAAAUCAGAUGGAAGGCUUGUGCUAUAUCCUAUCGGCUUGCCUACAGAGGUUGCCUACCAGCCCUACUACCAAAGCAAUACUUCUGAUGCUGUUGAUGAAAUGAAUUCUGGUUAUCAGCUAAGCUUUAAUGAGUCAGGUUACCUCAAUGUUGUCAGGAGGAAUGGAGAUAUAGACAAGCUCAUAAACAAAACACUAUUACCAAUAAGAGAUUACUAUUACAGAGCAACACUCGAUUCGGAUGGUCUUUUCACCCAAUAUGCUCACCCAAAGUCCUCCAAAAACGGGAGCUGGACAUCCUGGUCGCCUGUCUGGUCUAUCCCAGAUAACAUUUGCUUUGAAGCAAAUGGUGAUUUGGGCAGUGGACCAUGUGGCUACAAUAGCUACUGCAGACUCAACGCGAACAGAAGGCCAAUUUGUGAAUGCCUUCCUGGCUUUUCUUCUUUAGAUCCAAAUAACAAGUUGAGUGGAUCCAAUGAAUAA